AUGGCAAGCAAGAAGACUAGAGGGAAGCAAAAGAUUGAGAUAAAGAAAAUUGAAAAUGCAGAAGAUCGCCUUGUGACUUUUACAAAGAGGAAAUCUGGCAUUUACAAUAAGUGCAACGAGCUAGCAGCAACCCUAUGCGGUGCAGAGGUUGGUGUCGUGGUGUUCUCUGAAUUUGAGAAACCAUACUCGUACGGUCAUCCUUCCAUUGAAUCCAUAGCUGACCGGUUCUUAAACCAACAAUCUCCCCAAGAAACUAACGGUGACAAUAUCGCCAGUCAUGUUGUGGGGGCUUACAAGCAAGCAAGAAUCACUGAGAUACUCAACAAGUACAAUGAGUUACAAGAAAAGCUAAGUAAUGAACAACUUCGAGAGAAAGAACUUCAGCAAAGAGAAAAAGCAAGAGCAAGUGAAGGCCUCGGUUGGUGGCAGCGUCCUAUUAAGGAGCUAGACUUGGAGGGAACUAAAGAAAAUGUAUGCUUCCUUCCAGCACCUCCAUAA